AUGUUUUCUCUUUCUACGGCUCUCCGCCACGUCGGGGUGGGAUGGCUAUGCGCUGCCGCCCUGUCCGCCGUGGCAAGCGGCUCCCCUGUGCACGACACGUCUCUGGCCACACGCGCGGCCGCCGCCGACCGCCUCGUGUUCUGCCACUUCAUGAUUGGCAUCGUGGGCGACCGCACAAGCCCAAACGACUACGACGACGACAUGAAGCGUGCCAAGGCCGCCGGCAUCGACGCCUUUGCGCUCAACAUCGGCGUCGACGGCUACACGGACCAGCAGCUGGGAUACGCAUACGACUCGGCCGCCAAGAACGGCAUGAAGGUCUUCAUCUCGUUCGACUUCAACUGGUGGAGCCCCGGCAACGCGGGCGGCGUCGGUGCCAAGAUCAAGCAGUACGCGAGCAAGCCGGCGCAGCUGCGCGUCGACGGGCGUGUGUUUGCGUCGUCGUUUGCGGGCGACGGACUGGACGUCGAUGCCAUGCGGAGCGCGGCCGGCGAGAAUGUCUACUUUGUGCCCAACUUUCACCCGGGGCAGUCGGCUCCGGACAAGAUUGACGGCGCCCUCAACUGGCUGGGCUGGGACAACAACGGCAACAACAAGGCACCCACCCCCGGCCACACCGUCACCGUCGAGGACGGCGACAACGCCUACACCAGCUGGCUCGGCAGCAAGGCGUACAUGGCGCCCGUCUCGCCCUGGUUCUUCACGCACUUCGGCCCCGAGGUGUCGUACAGCAAGAACUGGGUGUUCCCGGGCGGCGCGCUCAUCUUGGACCGCUGGCAGCAGGUGCUCAGCAAGGGCUUCCCCAUGCUCGAGAUCGUGACGUGGAACGACUACGGCGAGUCGCACUACGUCGGCCCGCUCAACUCGCCGCACUACGACGACGGCAACUCCAAGUGGGUGAAUGACAUGCCGCACGACGGCUGGCUGGACCUGUCGGCGCCGUUCAUCGCCGCGUACAAGGCCAAGGCGUCGUCUGUCAACAACUACAUUACUGAUGAAAAGGUCGUGUACUGGUACCGCCGCACGCUCAGGUCGCUGGACUGUGACGCCACGGACACGACGUCUGGAAGGCCCGCCAACAAUGACAGCGGGAAUUACUUUAUGGGCCGGCCUAAUGGGUGGGAGACGAUGGAGGAUGUCGUCUACGUCGCGACUCUGCUCAAGGAGGCGGGGACUGUGACCGUGACAUCGGGGGGACAGUCCAAGACGCAAAACGUGCCAGCCGGCGCCAACAUCUUUACUGUGCCCGCUGGUGUCGGCCAGCAAAAGUUCAAGCUCAGCCGCGGGUCGGCCACGGUGCUCGAGGGCACGUCGCUUAUGGACAUCUCCAACGUCUGCCCAUGCGGCCUGUACAACUUCAACGCCUACGUGGGCUCGCUCCCGGCCGGCUUCUCGGACCCGCUGCAGCCUCACGGCCUCGCCUCCCUGACCGUCGGCCUGCACGUCUCGACAUGCGAGGCAAAGCCUUCGCUCGGCACCAAUCCGCCCGCGGCGGAAGCACACGUCUGCGUUGAAGGCACCAACGCCGACGGCGAGAGCGGCAACUACUCGGGCCUGUGCAGCUUCUCGUGCCACUACGGCUACUGCCCGCCGGGGCCCUGCAAGUGCACCAAGUACGGCGCCGCGGUGCCGCCGCCGCCCGAGUCCGGGACCAACGGGUGCCCGCUGCCGGGCGAGGGCGACGGGUACAAGGGCCUGUGCAGCUUCUCGUGCAGCCACGGGUACUGCCCCGGCACAGCCUGCCAGAGGUGCUAG